AUGUUCAAGGACGAAUCGUACCAUUGGAUGCAAUAUCGGAAACAGAUGAACGAUCCACUUGCUAGAAGCAAGCUAGAGGAGUUGGAAUCACAAUGGCUGAAAAGCAUUCAGAUGAAGCAAGACGACAAGGGUAAAGAUAAUGGCAUUCCGGAGGCUGAUAAGCGCAGUGAGAUUGAGAAAGAUCAAGAAAAGGAGCAUGACAGGGAUUCAGAAAAACCUGGUGAGAAUGAAGGCGAGUUAACGACUAAUAAAUCGGAGGAGAUUGAAUCUCAGGGUGUUGCUGGAGCCAGUUCAUCCGGAUCGGGAUCAGGGUCUGGAUCCGGGUCUGGAUCCGGGUCUGGUGGUAGUGGAAAUGGAAAGCCUGGCAAACACUCAAAACAGCCAUUCCCCGAGGUUUAUCCACAAGUGAUGGCGCUACCAAUAUCUCGCAGGCCGCUAUUCCCAGGAUUUUACAAAGCCGUUGUUAUCUCGGACCCAAGAGUGAUGAAGGCCAUCAAGGAAAUGUCGGACCGCCAACAACCUUAUAUCGGUGCUUUCCUUCUCAAGGACUCUAACGUGGACACGGACGUGAUCCACAGUAUGGAUGAAGUGUAUAAUGUUGGUGUGUUUGCCCAAGUGACAAGCGCUUUCCCAAGCAAAGACGAGAAAACAGGUGCCGAAACCAUGACCGCUUUGUUGUACCCACACAGAAGAAUCAAGUUAGACGAAUUGAUACCACCUUCUUCAGGUGAAGAAGUAAAUGAUUCUGUUUCAAAAGAGGGUGCAGAAGGUGUUGAAAGCCAAGAUACGAAAGAAGUGGAUCAAGAGGUUGUGAAGGCUUCUUUACAAAAGAUGGAUAACGUAAGGGAGUUUGAAGAAGAAGAAGAAGACGAUGAUGAUGAGAACUUGACAGCCUUCUUGAAGAAGUACGAUGUUUCACUUGUCAAUGUAUCGAAUUUGGCCGAUAAAACUUUCAACCCAAAUUCUCCCGUUAUCAAUGCCUUGACUUCUGAAAUCUUGAAGGUGUUCAAAGAGAUCUCUCAAUUAAACACCAUGUUCAGAGAGCAGAUCGCCACGUUCUCUGCUUCUAUUCAGUCAGCAACUACAAAUAUAUUUGAAGAACCAGCAAGGUUGGCAGAUUUCGCUGCUGCAGUGUCUGCAGGUGAAGAAGAGGAACUCCAAGAUAUCUUGGAAUCUUUGGACAUUGAACAACGUUUAGAAAAGUCUUUGACUGUUUUGAAAAAAGAAUUGAUGAACGCAGAACUACAGAAUAAGAUUUCUAAAGAUGUGGAAACCAAGAUCCAAAAAAGACAAAGAGAGUAUUACCUAAUGGAACAAUUGAAGGGCAUCAAAAGAGAACUAGGUAUAGAUGAUGGCCGUGACAAGUUAAUUGAGUCCUUCAAGGAACGUGUCUCUAAGUUGCAAUUACCAGAACAAGUCCAAAAAGUGUUUGACGAUGAAGUAACGAAAUUGGCUACUCUUGAAACUUCACAAUCUGAGUUCGGAGUCAUCAGAAACUAUUUGGAUUGGAUCACUUCCUUGCCUUGGGGUAUCACAUCCAAAGAACAAUACAGCAUACCAAAGGCGAAAAAGAUUUUAGAUGAAGAUCAUUAUGGUAUGAAGGAUGUUAAAGAUCGUAUCCUCGAAUUUAUCGCAGUCGGUAAACUUUUAGGUAAGGUGGACGGUAAGAUUAUAUGUUUCGUUGGUCCACCGGGUGUGGGUAAAACCUCUAUUGGUAAAUCUAUUGCUCGUUCUUUGAACAGACAAUUCUUCAGAUUCUCUGUUGGUGGUAUGACUGACGUUGCGGAAAUCAAGGGUCACAGAAGAACAUAUAUCGGGGCUUUACCUGGUAGAAUCAUUCAAGCAUUGAAGAAGUGCCAAACUCAAAAUCCAUUGAUUUUGAUUGAUGAAAUUGAUAAAAUUGGACAUGGCGGUAUCCAUGGUGAUCCCGCUGCUGCUUUACUAGAGUUGUUGGAUCCAGAACAGAACAAUAGUUUCUUAGAUAAUUACUUGGAUAUUCCUAUUGAUUUAUCUAAGGUGCUAUUCGUGUGUACCGCAAACUCAUUGGAUACGAUCCCUAGACCAUUAUUAGAUCGUAUGGAAGUUAUCGAGUUGACCGGUUACGUUGCAGACGAAAAGGUUAAGAUUGCAGAAAAUUACCUAUCUCCAAGUGCCAAAAAAUCUGCUGGUUUGGAUAAUGCUAAUGUAAACAUUACCGAAGACGCCAUUGUUGCAUUGAUGAAACAUUACUGCAGAGAAAGUGGUGUCAGAUCCUUGAAAAAGCAUAUCGAAAAGAUUUACCGUAAGGCCGCUCUAAAUGUCGUGAAGCAAUUGAGCAUCGACGAUAAACCUGUAGAAGAAGAAGAAGAGAGCAAGAAUACUUCCGCUGAAUCUAAGACCAAGGCCGCCAGCAAAGCUAAAUCCAAGUCCAAGGCCAAAUCUACGUCGUCUGAAAGCACCGUCGAAUCAACUACUGAGGAGAAUGAAGUAAUCAAGACCGAAAAGUCACGUGAUAAUGAGACUUCUUUGGAAGUACCAGAGUCAGUCGCAGUUACUAUUGACGAAAACAAUUUGAAGGACUAUGUUGGCCCUCCAAUCUUUACCACUGAUAGACUCUACGAAACUACACCACCAGGUGUGGUUAUGGGGCUCGCUUGGACAAGUAUGGGAGGAUGCGCCAUGUAUGUCGAGAGUGUUUUAGAGCAACCUCUAUUACACUCCUCGCAACCAUCUUUGGAGCGUACUGGCCAACUUGGGGACGUCAUGAAAGAGUCCUCCAGACUAGCAUACUCAUUUUCUAAGAUGUUCUUGGCCAAGAGAUUCCCCGAGAACAGAUUCUUCGAAUUAGCAAAGAUCCACUUACAUUGCCCAGAAGGUGCCACUCCAAAGGAUGGUCCAUCUGCAGGUGUAACAAUGGCUUCCUCCUUCCUCUCCUUGGCCCUAAACAGGGGACUAGACCCAACCGUAGCUAUGACAGGUGAACUAACAUUGACUGGUAAGGUCUUAAGAAUCGGUGGUUUGAGGGAAAAAGCUGUGGCUGCUAAGAGAUCAGGCGCAAAGACCAUCAUCUUCCCUAAGGACAAUUUGUCUGAUUGGGCAGAACUUCCAGACAAUGUAAAGGAGGGACUCGAACCUCUAGCAGCAGACUGGUACGAAGACGUCUUCCAAAAGCUUUUCAAAGAUGUUGACACGAACACCGGAAACUCCGUAUGGGCUGAAGAGUUCAAGAAGAUCGACGAAAAGAAAGCCAAGGACUCUAAAUAG